AUGAGCGAACAAAAAAAAAAAUCUGAUCUAUAUCUAUUAUUAAUAUUUAUCUAUCUAUCUAUCAUUCUAUCUAUUUAUCUAUCUAAAUAUCUAAAACUAUCUAUCUAUCUAUCUAUCUAUGUUUUAUCCAUCCAAUCUAUGAAUCUAUCAACAUCUAUCCAAAUCUUAUCUGUCUAUGAAUCUAUAAAUCUAUCUAUCUAUCUAUCUAUCUAUCUAUCUCACUCUGUUUACACCUAUCUAUCCAUCUAUCUGUCUAUCCAUCUAUCUCACUCUAUUUACACCUAUCUAUCUAUCUAUCUAUCUAUCUAUCUAUCUAUCUAUCUCACUCUAUUUACAUCUGUCUGUCUGUCUGUCUAUCUAUCAAUCUAUCUCACUCUAUUUACAUCUAUCUAUCCAUCUAUCUAUCUAUCUAUCUCUAUUCACAUCUAUUUAUCUCUAUUUACAUCUAUCUAUCUAUCUAUCUCACUCUAUUUACAUCCGUCUGUCUGUCUGUUUAUCUAUCUAUCUAUCUCAAUCUAUCGAUCUAUCUAUCUAUCUAUCUCUAUUUACAUCUAUUUAUCUCUAUUUACAUCUAUCUAUCUAUCUAUCUUGCUCUGUUUACACCUAUCUAUCUAUCUAUCUCUCUAUCUCACUCUAUUUACAUCUAUCUAUCUAUCUAUCUAUCUAUCUAUCUCUAUUUACAUUUGUCUGUCUGUCUAUCUAUCAAUCUAUCUCACUCUAUUUACAUCUAUCUAUCUAUAUCUAUUCACAUCUAUUUAUCUCUAUUUACAUCUAUCUAUCUAUCUAUCUAUCUAUCUAUCUAUCUAUCUAUCUAUCUCACUAUAUUUACAUCUGUCUGUCUGUCUGUUUAUCUAUCUAUCUAUCUCACUCUAUCUAUCUAUCUAUCUCUAUUUACAUCUAUUUAUCUCUAUUUACAUCUAUCUAUCUAUCUAUCUAUCUAUCUAUCUAUCUAUCUAUCUAUCUAUCUAUCUCACUCUAUUUACAUCUAUCUAUCUAUCUAUCUAUCUAUCUAUCUAUCUUUACAUCUGUCUGUCUUUCUAUCAAUCUAUCUCACUCUAUUUACAUCUAUCUAUCUAUCUAUCUAUCUAUCUAUCUAUCUAUCUAUCUAUCUAUGUAUCUCACUCUAUUUACACCUAUCUAUCUAUCUAUCUAUCUAUCUAUCUCACUCUAUUUACAUCUAUCUAUCUAUCUAUCUAUCUAUCUCACUCUAUUUACAUCUAUCUAUCUAUCUAUCGCAAAAGAUUGCUCUUAUUAAUUGUAAACAUCUAUCAUUCGUUUACCUCUACUCCCGUGUUUUCUAUCUAUCUAUCUAUCUAUCUAUCUAUCUAUCUAUCUAUCUAUCUAACUUUACCACUCAUACAACUAAUUCGCUUUGGUUGCACCCUCAGAUGA